AUGACGGACGUCUUCACCAUUUUGAGUCUGCCAAAGACUUCCGACGCCUUCAGUGCAGCAUUCACGUCUAGCACACAUGUUGCCGAUCCGGGGUCGGCUUCUCCUCCACGCAAGAUGGCACGCUUGGACGUCGAUUCCGAUUCUGCAUCUACCUCCAGGUCUCGCGCCUCCAGCAGGCCCCAGCCGCGCGAAGGCGGCGGACCUGUGGUGAUCAAGUUCAUAGGACUAGCAGCCCAACCGUCUACCAGUGCUCAGGGCGACAGAGAUUUCGCUCUUGUCAAGCGAAGCAUCCGAGUUUUGUUGAGCAAAGAUAGUCGCGAUGUUCUGCCUGCCACUUAUGAUCAGAUCUACCGAGCGUGUCGUUCUGCUGUAUGUGUGCAUGGACGUGGAGAAGGUUUGUACGAGAACGUGCGCCUUGAGCUGGAGAGAUGCAUCGGAGGUCUUGCGAAUGGCCUGCUCCAGAGCAGAGCGGAGGCGGUGGAAUGGCUUGUUGCCUUCAAUGAUGUAUGCGCUUGGUUCGAGAGAGCAGUGGGCUUUUUAGAAUCCACAUUGACGUACCUCGAUAGGACAUACGUGACAAGCAGGAAGGAACUACGCGACAUUCACACUCUAUCAUACGAUUCUUUUGCUGCACGUAUCUUCGAGAAUGCCGGCAUCAUGGAGCGACUACGCGCAGGUAUCAAAUCAUGGCUAGAAUGGGAACGCAGCCAACCUGCACCUCACAAAUUGAGGGACCAGAUUCUGAAGCUCAUCCGACACUUGUUUGUGCAUGGCCAGUACCAUGCAGUUUUCGAGUCCUUCUACAUCAGCCUUACGCGGUCGUUCUACGCCGCCGAGUCUGCGGAGCGCGCCGAAGCACUGAAAGGCAAUGCACAGAAGUUUUUGAAGCAUUGCGAGCACCGCAGGCAGGAAGAAGACCAGCGUGCGAGGGACGUACUGCCUGAGUCGAGUCGGGGAGAGAUUAUAGAUGUCACUGAUAAGGCACUGCUGUCGAGCAGACUUGUCUGGCUAGCAAAAGAUGCACUCGGCCCGUUGAUGGAGAAGAAAAACGAACAAAACUUGGGCAAGAUGUACCACUUGUUCGCUAAAGUAGAUGGAUUGAAUGUCCUAUGUGCUGCCUUCAAGCUGCAUGUCCAGAACACCGUGCGCAACAUUGUCAAAGAUGUCGAGCGCGACGAGGACAUGGUCCCGCGUCUUCUCGAAUUCAAGGCAUUUGCUGACCGCCUCGUGAACGACGCCUUCGCUGACACAGUCAGCGACGGCCAACAAAGUACUGCGCUGCAAGCCAGCGCCUCCAUCUCCGCGCGCUCGCCGAAAAAGGUACCCAACAAGGACUUCGGCUACGCGCUGAUCGACGCGUUCCAGUCUGGCUUCAAGACACGGCGGAACAAGCCUGCAGAGAUGAUCGCGAAGUACCUCGAUCGUGCGAUGCGCAAGGGGCAGAAGGGCAAGAAGGACGAGGAGUUCCAGGCGGAGCUGGACGCAAUGCUCGGACUGUACAGGUUCACGGACGAUAAGGAUGUGUUCAGGACGUUCUAUCACCGCGCGCUGGCGAAGCGGCUGUUGCUCGAGCGGUCGGCGUCGGACGACUUUGAAAAGGCGAUGCUGAAAAAGUUACAGGAACAGUAUGACCCUGAAUUCGGUAUGGGGGACAAGAUGUUCAGCGAUCUAAUGCUCUCUCGCGACCUGAUGGGCGAGUAUCACGAGCAGCGCGCGCGAUUUGGUGAUGAGUCUAGCCAGAAUCUGUCGGUCAUGGUCCUUCAGAGCAGCAACUGGCCAUUUGCGGCGCGGAAGCAAGACGUUGAUCUUCCGCCAAAUAUGCAAGAUGAACUGAACGAAUAUGCUGCCUUCUACAAGCACAAGCACACAGGGCGCAAGUUGGAUUGGGAUCAUGCACUCGGCACGGCUACGCUCAGGGCGAAGUUCAAGAAUGGGGAGAAAGAGCUCUCUGUCAGCCUAUACCAGGCCAUCGUCCUCCUGCUCUUUAACGAAAGUGCCGAGAUUCAUUUCCGAGAUAUCAAGGAACAGGUUCGGAUGGAGGACUCGGAACUACGACGGACUUUGCAGAGUCUCGCAUUGGGAAAAAAGCGGGUACUAAAAAAGGUGCCGAUGAGCAAGGACGUAAAGGAUGACGACGUCUUCCAAUUCAAUGCCGACUUCACGGACCCCCACUACCAGGUGCACAUCAACUCCAUUCAAGUCAAGGAGACGCCGGAGGAGAGCCGGCGCACGCAGACGUCCAUUGAAGGCGACCGGAAGCACGCGCUAGAUGCGGCGAUCGUGCGAGUAAUGAAGGCGCGGAAAGAGCUGCACUACGAGCAGCUGAAGGCGGAGACAAUCAUCGCGGUGAAGAGCCACUUUUCGCCCGAGGUGAGCGUGAUUAAACAGCGCAUCCAAGGGCUAGUUGAGCAGGAGUACCUGCGGCGGGACGAGAAGGACAUGAACCUGUACAUCUACGUGGCUUGA